AUGGAGUUCAAAUUCACGGCUGAGGAAGAGAAAUUUCGCGUCGAACUGCGCGAAUUCCUUACAAAGGAGCUUCCCGAUGGCUGGACCGGCGGCGGAGAGGAAGAGGGCGACGACUGGGACUUCGAACUGGAAAUGCGCAAGAAGCUGGCUGACAAGGGCUGGCUCACGAUGGCAUGGCCGGAAGAGUACGGCGGAAGCGGCGCAUCUCACAUGAUGCAGCUCGUAUUCGCGGAAGAGAUGGCUUACCAGCGCGCUCCGGGACGCGAUCAGUUCGGCACGAAGAUGCUCGCGCCCACACUGAUGAUCCACGGCACUGAGGAGCAAAAGCGCGAGUACCUGCCGCCCAUCGCACGAGGUGAAGUGCAAUGGUGCCAGGGCUACUCGGAGCCUGAGUCCGGCUCGGACCUCGCAUCGCUUCAGACGCGCGCGGUCGAGGACGGCGACGAUUUCGUAGUGAACGGCACGAAGAUAUGGACUUCCAACGCGCACCACGCCGAUCACGUGAUGGUGCUGACGCGCACCGACCCGGACGCGCCCAAGCAUCGUGGCAUCAGCUUCCUGCUUGCGGACAUGAAACAGCCGGGCGUGGAAGUCCGGCCCAUCAUAAACAUGGCGAACAACCAUAGCUUCAACAUGGUCGUCUUUGACGAUGUGCGCGUUCCAAAGAGGAACCUCGUCGGCGAACUCAAUCGAGGCUGGUAUGUGGGCGCGACGCUGCUCGACUUCGAACGCUCCGGCGUCGAAUACUCGGCUGGCACCAAGCGCACGCUCGAGGAGCUGAUUCAGUUCUGCAAGGACAAUUCGCGCAACGGAAGGCGUCUGAUAGACGACCCGAAAAUCAGCCGCAAGCUCGCGGACCUGACGGUCAAGACCGAGAUAAGCCGCCUUAUCUCCUACCAGAUAGCGUGGAUGCAGAGCGCGGGUCUCGUGCCCAACAAGGAAUCCUCGAUGGGCAAGAGCUUCGGCACGGAGUUGCAGCAAGCAGUGGCUCGCGCAGGCAUGGAGAUUCUUGGGCUGUACGGGCAGUUGGAGCCGGAUUCGAAGCAUUCACCGCUUCAAGGUCGCAUCGAACAGAGUUACAUGAUGUCGGUAUCCGCCACGAUUGCAGCGGGGACAUCUGAGAUUCAGCGCAAUAUCAUCGCGACGCGCGGACUUGGACUGCCGCGCUAG